AUGAGCACAUUAUGAUCCAAACAAGGGCAAGAAAGGCUACUUUGUGACUAAUUCCAUUGAGUGGGAGGGUCCCGCUUGCUACGCUUGUAGACCCGCGCUGAAAAAAAAAAAAAAAAAUGUUCUCGACGUUGGACGGUCCUCCUGGGGCAGCAAACAAGCUGUAAUUAAAAUUCAAAUUGUCCUGACUCCAGCGGCGGUAUCUUCGGACAUGAUCCUGCAGCAGUGAGGUGAGAAUUGUUAGUAACAAAAUAAUUGUUGAUGUAAUACCCUCAUAAAAGGUGGAAGUUGUCAAAGGUUGAGUAAAGGGUUCGGCUUCCUUAUUUUAUGUGAGGCAAUCAUAUAACUAAACAUUGGCAUUAUAAAACAAUAAUUGGAUUAAGGUGGAUUAAAGAUGGCAAUUAUGAGUCAAUAAUAAGAAUAGAGGCAUGAUUUCAACACGUGAAUGAUGAUUAAUUAAAUACUAAAGAUUUAAUGAUUUUUUAAAAAUUAUAUAUUUCAAUCACAGAUUGCAUUGUAAUCGUGAAACCUUUAAACAACGGAACUUUUGUCAGUGCACAAUUUCCCAAUACACCAAUUAAACUGAUGCACACUGAAAAUAGAGAAAUUAGAUUAAAUAAGCACCUGAUAAAACGUGGGUUUGUGGAAAUAUAUAAAAUGUGCUUGUCUUUACAAAAUUUGCCCACAAAACAAUGGGCCGGCUCCAAGGGCUUAGGUUUGGUCUCUUUGGUAGUAAUAUCUUUAUUCAUUCAUUCAUUUAUUUUGCUUGCAACGAAAAAACACAAAAGAGAAUGAAAAAACAAAAAUCAAUGUAAUUUUACACAAAAUUCCAAAAAUGGACCGGAAAAAAAAGUCUUGGCACCCUUUAAAAAAUCGUGAUGCUUCUGUAAUUUCUGUAAUUAACAGCACCUGUUACUUACCUAUGGCACAUAACAGGUGGUGGCAAUAACUAAAUCACACGUGCAACCAGUUAAAAUGGAUUAAAGUUGACUCAACCUCUGUCCUGUGUCCUUGUGUGUACCACAUUGAGCAUGAAGAAAAGAAAGAAGACCAAAGAACUGUCUGAGGACUUGAGAAGCAAAAUUGUGAGGAAGCAUGGGCAAUCUCAAGGCUACAAGUCCAACUCCAAAGACCUGAAUGUUCCUGUGUCUACCGUGCGCAGUCAUCCUUACAUUCCGGACCCAAGCAUGGCGCUCAAGUUGUUCUUCUCCAGCCUGUCGCGAACGAAACCUCUGGAGCCCGAUGGGGAGGAGUCAACCUUUAAACGAUGCCUGACCACUCUUGACCUGGUAGCGCUUGGUGUGGGCAGCACGCUUGGGGCCGGCGUCUACGUCCUGUCCGGAGAAGUGGCCAGAGAGUCUGCCGGGCCCAGCAUCAUCAUCGCCUUCUUCAUCGCUGCUCUGGCAUCUAUAUUCGCCGGAUUGUGUUAUGCAGAGUUUGGCUCCAGAGUUCCAAAAACUGGCUCAGCGUACCUUUAUAGCUAUGUGACGGUCGGAGAGCUGCUGGCUUUUAUUACCGGCUGGAAUCUGCUUCUCUCUUAUGUCAUAGGCACGUCCAGUGUAGCGCUUGCGUGGAGUGGGACGUUUGAUGACCUCAUCGGGGGUGUCAUGUCCAAAUACUUGGCGGAAAAUGCAGCAAUGGGCCUUCCGGGGUUGGCACCCUAUCCAGAUAUCUUUGCUGCUUUUCUCAUCUUGGUUCUAUCUGGCUUGCUUUCAUUUGGAGUGAAAGAGUCAACCACAAUCAACAAGGUCUUCACAGGGGUCAACAUCCUGGUUCUGGUCUUUGUCGCCAUCUCAGGCUUCAUCAAAGGCGAUAUCGCUAACUGGCAAAUCAGUGAAACUGAUUUGCUCAACGCCACAGCACAACUCAAUAACUUGAGCACCACUGCCAAUAUCACAAGCAACUUCGGAGUCGGUGGUUUUUUCCCCUACGGCAUCAGUGGAACCCUGGCUGGGGCGGCAACAUGCUUCUACGCCUUUGUGGGCUUUGACACAAUCGCAACGACAGGUGAGGAGGUGAAGAACCCUCAAAAGUCUGUUCCAAUUGGGAUUGUGGCCUCUCUACUAAUCUGCUUCCUGGCCUACUUUGCUGUUUCUGCCGCACUUACCCUCAUGAUGCCCUACUACAUGCUCAACAAAAAAAGCCCACUGCCUGUGGCAUUUGAAUACAUCGGCUGGGGGGCCGCCAAAUAUGUUGUUGCCGUGGGUUCACUUUGUGCCUUGUCUACGAGUCUGUUGGGCUCGAUGUUUCCCAUGCCGAGGGUGAUGUUUGCCAUGGCAAGGGAUGGCCUGCUUUUCCAACCCCUGACCAAAGUCACCUCCAGGGGUAGUCCUGGUAUUGCAACAAUCACAUCUGGAAGUGUGGCAGCUUUCAUGGCUGUGCUGUUCGACCUGGAUGCCUUAGUGGAGAUGAUGUCUAUCGGGACUCUGUUUGCCUACACACUUGUGGCCAUAUGCAUCCUCAUACUGAGGUAUCAAGUGUCUCCAACUGACGGUGGAGAGUUAAAAAUCAUGGAAUCCAACUCCAUCCUUUCCUUUGUUAAGCCUCCAGCAUCUCCAAAUUCAGAGACCUCAAGAAGAGUCACCAUUCUGAUUUUAAUUUCUGUUGUAUGCGUGACUGCUCUGUGCAUCACCUUAAACCUGGCUAUUGAUUCACUAUACAACGCGGAGGCAUGGAGUAUAGUGCUGGUAUGCAUCUUCUCCUUUAUCUUGCUUCUUGCCGUUUUCGCCAUCUGGAGGCACCCACAGAACCCAAAUAGAGCAUCCUUCAUGGUACCCUUACUCCCCUUCCUGCCCAUUGUGAGCACACUUAUAAACGUCUACCUCAUGUUCCAGUUACAAGCCGCCACAUGGUUGAGAUAUGCCAUCUGGAUGGCAAUAGGUCUGAUCAUCUACUUUGGCUAUGGGCUGCAUUACAGUGUUGAGAGCCAGCGUCGCAAAACCAAACUGUCAGACAUCGAAACCAUCUGUGAAAUUACCGACAAGGAAAAUUUUAGCGAGUGCAAAUUUUGAGCACUAGCAGGCUGGGGAGAGAUGAAUAGAGAUGUUACUGUGAGACAUUUUUUUUAUUCCUUCCUACAGUGAUGAGCAUUUCAAAAUGACUCUAUCACACGUUCAUGCACUUAAGGCUCAAUGCACAUUUUGUUUUCCGCUGUCUGGGUUCCACAAUUUUUAUCUUGCCAAUAAUAUUUCCAUUUAUUCCGGAUUGGAAGACAUUCUUGCACCCAUGUGCUUUAUGAACUGUAGUAAAAACAAAUCAUUCGCCAAUACUUGUAUUUUAUUGAAACUGUAUGAAAUUACUUUUUUGAUUAAUUCUCAUUUUUUUACAUUUUUUUUUUUAGCAAACGGCAGUCAUGAGCUAAUCCUGAUUCCUGUUUUUGUUUUAGUCAUGUUUGCAGCACAUUUCUUGUACCUAAGUGUAAAUAUUAAAGGUGUACAUGUUUUGUAAUUAUACAUUUUGAAUGUAUACUUGAAAUUAAA